AUGGGGAAGAAGGCAAAGAAUGCGACUUUUAUCUCUAGACAUGAAGCUGGAAAGAUUACCAAAGAAGUAGCAAAAGUGGAAAAGCGAAGGAUUGUCAUCUUGGAUGUUCCUUCUGUGGGAGGAAGGUUGAUGCUUGUUGACAUGGCUGGUUCUGAAAAUAUUGAGCAGGCUGGCCAAAUUGGAUUCGAGGCAAAGAUGCAGACAGCAAAGAUCAACCAGGGGAAUAUUGCCCUGAAGAGGGUAGUUGAAUCCAUAGCAAAUGGAGAUUCUCAUGUUCCGUUCAGAGAUAGCAAGCUAACCAUGCUUCUGCAGGAUUCUUUUGAGGAUGAUAAAUCAAAAAUCUUGAUGAUAUUGUGUGCAAGUCCUGAUCCCAAGGAGAUCCACAAGACCAUCUCCACUUUGGAAUAUGGGGCAAAGGCUAAGUGCAUUGUGCGUGGCUUUACUACACCAACCAAGGACAAGACUCGGGCUGAGGAUUCCACUUCUGCUGUGGUUAUAGGUUCACGGAUUGCGGCCAUGGACCAAUUCAUUUUGAAGCUGCAAAGGGAGAACAAGCUUAGGGAGAAAGAGUGCAAUGAAGCCCAUAAAGAGCUCUUGAGAAAAGAAGAAGAAAUUCCUAUUCUGAGGGCCAAGCUGGAGGCAAUUGAGGGGAGGGGUUAUGGAGCUAGUGAAGAAGAGAUCAACUUGAAAGUCAACGAGAGAACCCAAAUUCUAAAACUUGAGUUGGAGAAGAGGUUGCAGGAGUGCCACCAGAAGGCAAAUGAAUUUGUUGAAUUGGAAAGGAGGAAAUUGGAAGAGAAAAUAUUGCAACAUCAGCAGGAGGUUGAGAUGCUGAGGCAGAGGGAAGAAAUUGAGACUACACUUAACAGUUCAACAGACAGGAGCGGUGACAAGAACAGGUUACAAAACCUGGAUGGAAGCAGCCUCGCAAAAAAGCUAAUGGAAAUUUAUUCUGAUGGUGACAAUGGAAUGGAGAAAUCCAUGGACCUGGAUAUGGGGGACAUGCAACCACUUGUUCAUCAUGUCAAAGAGAUAGAUGAGGGUGUACGCCAGAUUGACAACUUAGGUAACCACACUCAGUUUAACGCUCAUUGUUGGACUGCUGAGGGAGAGGAAGAAUAUAAGGAUAUGGUUGUUGCACCGAGAUUCACAGAGAAAGUAUAUUUGAGUACUGUAUUCGAAGAUGAAGGAGAAGACAAAGAAAAUGUGGAUGACGAAGAGGUGAAAAAAGAAGUAGUAGAGGAAACAGCUUCACUGUUUACCAAGUCUUAUGGCUCUAGUCCAGGGACCAAAUUAAAUAUGGGAUGUUAUGACGCUAGUCCACAGAAGCUUGUAUCUAUACCACAUUCUUGUAGAAAGGAUACAGAGUGCAUUGAUUAUAGAAGAAACAAAUCCGAGGAGAAGCAUGUAAGUCCAGGAGUGAUGGGUGAAUUAGAAAAUGCGAAAGAUCCCGCCUCUGCUAGAAGAACAAGAAUCCAAAAUAUUUUCAUGCUCUGUGGGAACCACGGAGAGCUUGCCCAACAUGUCAGAAUUCCAACACCUUACCCAAAAAGACCUCAAGCUUCUGACAUCGAAUCUUCUCCGAAGAGGACAGUUGAUGAUGAGUCAGUCACGAUGAAAUCUCUUUCCAACAAAAUAUCAGAGCUUCAAACUGUUCUUGCACCUGGGAUUGGACUGGGUGAUCAAAUUCUGGCCGAUGUAACAGAAAAAAACAUGACAGAAACACCAAAUCGAGCACUCAUGAAAAGAAUGGAAACUGCUCCACUGAACGGAAAUUGGUGUCCCUCUCCUGAAACAGCCCAAGCCUCAAAAGAGAACAACAAACCAGGAGAUAGGAACAGCACUGAUGGUCUCAUUGAAGUUUACGUGAAGUGGGAGGCCUCAAAGGAGAAUUCUGGGAAAUUUAUUACGAAGUUGAAGGUUGCAAAGGACUCAAACCUUGCUGAUCUGCGGAAGCUGAUUGAGACCCAUCUUCUGGAGGACAACAAGACCAAAAGAGGAUUCACUUUUCUCAUGCUUGGGGUACGUAUUUCAUUCUUCUUAUUGAUUCCUUUUGGAGCAUUUUCAGUUAUCAAUUUCUGCCCAUCUUUUACCACACUGGAUUUGUCAAAAAGACGUGGAGGUAAAAACCAGUUGAACUACCAAGGUUCUUAG